GUGAAGAAUAUACCGAAUGAUAUCACAAUGUUAUUAAAUCGGUAAUGAAUACUUGAAAUAUGGCUUCGAAAAGCCGGCGCCUGGCUUUCCGGACAAACAGAGUUUAAUCACUCGGGAACGCUAGCGGUUGGGACUACCAAUAAGGUAAAUUCCCGAGCGAAUAGAAUCAAUAAUUGGACUCGAACACCCGGCACAAGAAUGAACGAUCUCAAUGCAAACACGACUCAAGACGUACACAUUGUAAAGAACUCGCUGACACAUUUGCAUCCAUACAAGCCCCCAAAAUGGGCUUCAUCACUGAAAGAUAUUCCUCAGUACUUUGUUAAAGUAAGUAUGAUUUUAUAUCUUGUUUAUAGUUUCUAUUUUUCCUUCCUUACUGAAGUUGCGAUCUCUGUUUGCAACACAAAUAGCAAGGUCAAGAUCACUGCAACAAAUAGUGCAAGCCAUGAAUAAUGCGAUUGGGUAAUCAAAAUUACGUCCUCGUUACUUGUUAACCGGUACUUAACCCGUACAGAAAGAAAGGGUACUUUGAGUUUUUUAAAUUUCCGUAACGAAUCAGUAAUAGCCAGGGAAUUAUAGAUCUUUGAAUAAAAUAUGGAUCCUUGCGAGUGUUACCAUUCAGAAGGAAGGUCUUAAUGUACAUUAACCAAGCGAUGGGAGAAAAAGAUGAAAUCAAUACUAAAUUUUCACCGAGGCUGCCGUUGAUGAACCGACAAACUUGCCCGGUAUUAUGAUGAUUAGUUUGCCGGCAUAUAAUAUAUAGCUGGCGGCAGAUCAAGGACAGGAUAUUCGAUCGUGACACGGCUGUUUCUCCAAUUGUUUCUACAGAGGACAAAGUGUAAAAUCUGGAUUGGACUAGGAACUUUAGGGUGCGUAAAUAUUGCUCGAAAUAUAAAUAGGACGCUUGGCCCGUUUCUCAUAAGUCCCGGUGACUUUUCGGUUCCAAAAAGCUGUUUUAUGUUUGCCGUGUUUGCUAUUCCAGAUCAAGGUUUUAGCAAUUUUGAAAACGAUACAAUUAAUUAGCCUGUGUACAGACGGGGAGGGGCGUCUGUUCACAGGCAGUAGAUACUUAACAAUUGUUCUUUGAAAUCGAGGUGAAUAGUGGCUAAAUAUUUACCGAGCCACGAAGUGGCGAGGUAAAUAUUCCUAAAGCCACUAUUCACCGAGAUUGAAAAGAAUAAUAACUGUUUUAGUAUAUACAGACGAAGUGAUCUCAACAAAAUCAGAGAAGAAACCAUUAAAAAGUACGAUUUGAUUGACAGAUCAGGUCAGCUAGACACGCGACAGUUUAAAAAUAGAUCUUUGUAGAUUUUCAAACAUGGCAAUUCACAAGCUUAUCAUUUCGCAAACAACAGCGUUACAGGGACUUAAAUGGAACCGCUAAAAGUUUGAAUUCUUUCCUUACCUGAGAAGAAAAGAAGAGCUUUGUUGUUUUCUGUUGACUCGCAAAGUUUAUAGCCGAAAAGGUUUGUUGUGUCGUUCUUCGCAUGAAGUGCUGACAAAAAUGGCGAUUCGGUUCCUCGAGGUAAGAUGUCGUCUUCAUGUAGCAUUCUUUCUCGUGUUUACUUGAAACGUAGAAUUUCUACAAGCGUUUGCUUUCAAAUUUGUUUGUCAUAAAUAAACUUCGUUUUUGGGCCAAAUUUUUCUUGUUAGGAAACGCUGAGUUCACGAAACGGCCUCUUUUAGGCGAAUAAACGGGAGUUGUAAACAAUCCAUCGACCACAAAACUCAACAACAGUAAAUGGAAAAACGCCGUUUUUAAUCCUUCGAAGUCUUUUCUUGCCUGAAAAAAAGUCAACCCUAGGAUUUUGUCGACUUUUAAAAGAUCUUUCUCUAAGAAAAUGGGCAAAAAACCGAGCUCACUCAUUAUCCCCUCACUAGGAGGUGAAUAUUGUUGAAUAGUCCGAGAUAGCGAACCAAUCAGAUUGCUUAAAUCACCAAGAUCACUGAGUGUGUAUAUACUAAAAUGAAAUCAUCAGUUCACGAAGUAAAGUUGACCGGUUUGUGAGCUAGGAACUGUGCUACUAUUCAACAGGUUUUGAUUUCAAACUUUACCUUCGGAACCGAAAAGUUACCGGGCCUUUCGAAAAACGAGCCUUUGGUGUCUUCUUCCAGGGGUGGUUCUCUUUGACCGGUCGAUCCAAACAGACGGAGACUGACCGUUCCACUUCCAAGAAUUCUGGCUUCCAGUCCCACUUCGCUGAGAAAUAAUCAAGCUUUUGGUCGAAACGUAAUGCACUUAUAAGUGGUCAUCCCGGGGGAUCGACGCCGGGAACAUACGCGGGCAUGGCGCGGAAUUUGUACCGUACUUUGUGAAUUGAGGGUACGCAUCGCCCCUGGGAAGGGGUGUGCUAGCUUUUAGAGGAGAAAUUUUGUUUUUCGGUGGGUGGCUGGAAUUUGUAAAAGUUGUUGUGCAAUUGGGUGAGCACUAGUCUGCUCCAGAGCCGUUCUUUCUGUCGUCACGCAACGCUCCUCCCCACAAACGUUCGGGGAGGAACGUCGCGUGAUCAUGACGACACAGAACGGCUGUGAAGCAGACUAGGUGACUACGAGGAACAAUGUAGAAAAUCAAGUUGUGCAGAUUUGACAACGUUUCCAGUGUGGAAACAAAGCUUUGCCUAACCUGCGUGGCAGGCGUCGAAGGGGGAAGGCCAAGGAGGAAAAGGCAUCGGAAAGGGGAAUGAAGGCUAGGUGGGUAAACGAGCUGACGGGAAAACUCUGAUGUGGAAACUCUUUGCCGAGAAACGCCUUUUCAGUCCUGCUGUUGUGGGAAAGUCGGGAUCUAUUAGACCUAUUAGGGCAAACAGGGAUUAACUUUACACCAGGACUAUUCCGUUAGUAAAGUCAAAACAUAAAAAUCAGGGCGUUUGCAAGAUGUAACCGAAAUGGGGGAAAUCUAGUUUGUGUGGUUGAAUAAAUAAGCGUCUCUGUUAGAGGAUAAUCAUAUUUUACUUCCUUACGUUUUUAAUGAAGAAUAGAACAAUGUAAGACUUUUGUCCUCGCGAUUUAUCUGAAGUGCAAGGGACAGUCACGAUUACAAAAGCGAAGUGUUAGUAAGCCGAAAAAUGAUAAAUAUAUUUUUUUCGUGCCUCCGCUACCAAUUUAUCAAUUACAGUCAACUCUCGCCGUGCGGACAGCCCGCUGUAACGGACACCUCAAUAAUAUGGACAGCAGUUAAAUCCCAGACAAAGAUAAGUUAUACUAGAGACGUUUGACUGAUUAGAAAUAAACUGCCACUAUACGGACUCUCGCUAAUGAAGUCUCUUCGGUGUUCGUUAUAAAGGGAGUUAACUGUAUUGAAGAUUUUCAGAAAAAUUGUCACAUGACACAGCACGUAACUUUUCGUUGGGACGAUGAGGUCUUUUUUCGUUCCAACCUUUUUACCAAUGUACUAUUUUUUCUUAGAUUAAAACCCAUUCACCCAGGUUUUAAAUUACCUGUUAGUGAGAAAAAUCAGGAACCAGUUAUGAUGCAAGUCGGAGGAUGUGCAAAAUCUUUCUCAAGCAUGACCUCACAGAUUUGCCAUUUGUUAACUCCUAUCCAGUCAUCUCCGUUGAACCUCUCUCCAGUGGCUCGCAGAGUGUAAUCCCGGCGUUCGCGUUACGAGGACUAAUAAGAAUGAGUUAGGGUCAUUAGAGGAAGGUUUUUCAACUAUACGAAUUGAUUUCUUACAGCUUGCACAGCGAAACACUCCAAUUCACCGAUGGCAUAUCCCAAAUCUUCCAGAGGGGUUUUCUUUGUCCAUCAAAAGGGAUGACUUAACUGGCAGCACUUUAUCAGGAAAUAAGGUAAAAAAAAAGAUACUCUAAAUAUAAAAAGUACUAACUCGAACUUCCAUGUGUGAUCACCUCUUGUAAGCGACCUCCCAUUGAACGCAACCCGACGUAACCCCUUUCCAAAACGCUUACAAUUCCCAAGUUGAUCGAUCUCAUAUCACUGAUAGGUGGAACCUAUCGUAAGGUCCGCUCUCUCCUCCGCAGAGGCCUCUUAAGGGAGCUUAAGCAACGGCGACGGCAACGGGGACGGAAAAAGGCAAAUUUCAAAUGGGUUAGAUUAGCAAAACAUCAACUUUGCGCGUGCAUCACGCUUUUUUGUACAUUUCUUAGCCGUCGUUGCGUGACUACAACGUGUAAGUGCCUAAUUUCACGUUUUGUCGAGGACAGGAACACAAGACAACAACUUUUUUCCUCUUGUGCCCGAACUUUAAUAACGCCAGCUCCAAAAACAUUUGCCUGCAUAUGACAUAUCAAACGAGUUGGAAUAAGCGCGAUAAAGUUUGAGGCAGCGCGAAUUCACUUUUUAAGUGACGUUUUCGUAGCCGUCGCCGUCGUUGUUUCUGAAACUCCCUUUUAUGUCGUAGAGGUUGGGGAGGGAAAAAAAGAAGCGCGCGGGGAGUAAGGUUCAUGUCAAGACUGUCCAUUUUUUAUCAUCUGAUGCCUUUUUUGUUUCAGGUGCGCAAGUUGGAGUUUCUUCUGGCUGAUGCAUUGAAUAAGAAGUGCGACACCAUUCUCACAUGCGGUGGAACUCAGUCAAAUCAUUGUAGAGCGACAGCAUUAGCAGCGAAACAGCUUGGCUUGGACUGUUACUUAUUCUUAAGAAGCUCUGAGAAGGUAUGUUCCAAAAUAUUGCGAAAUAAAACAGCCACAACAUUUGGCUUCUAAUUUCUUGCGAAGUAUUAAUAAACGCGCGGCGGCGCUUGUUAUAAAUUUUAACGGCUCAAAUGCAGCGCUCAUUGUAGGGCGGCGCUUAUUUAAAAGCGGCGUUAAUUUGGAAAUGACACGGGCGUAUCCAGCCCAUAGACCUGUAGGUCGCGCCUACAAUUUUUUGGUUUUAAAGUCUUCCGCCUGUAAUAAAUUGUGCGUUGUUGGGGUGAGCUAAAACUGAGCUUAUGAGCUCAAAGUGUUGGUGAGGUCAGAGCAUUCCACUCAUGCGUACUAUUUUCAUGAUAUGUGGAAAUGAAAGUCAGCCAGGCCUACAACUAGUCGAAAAGCUGGCUACGCCCCUGAUGAAAAUUUUCAAAAUGAGGCGCUUAUUCGAGUAGAUACGGUACACUUGAAUUUUUGUGAGAGUAUUAGUAUUGCUAUGUUUUUUUAAGGAGGGGAGGGGACGGGACGGGACGGAAGGUUGGUGAUUAUGAACUAAUUCCUGUUCUUGUAAAUCCAGUCUACAGAUAUCGGAUGUAACGGGAAUCUUUUACUGAGCAAGAUGGCCGGAAGCAAUAUUAUUGUUGUUCCUAAUAUUCGAUAUAGACCAGGCCUAAAAAAGAUGAUAGAGAAAAUGGCUGAAAAUUUGUGAGUAGACCCGAUAAGUAUUAAAGGACCAAAAUGUAUUAUUUUUGUUGUGAUAUGGAGCUUAUCGUUGUUUGCCCAGUGUGCAUGUAUGUGUGAUAACAACAAUUUUUUUCUUGGUUGGUUAUUAAAUUAUUUAAUUUUGCAUGCGUUUUUUGUCCGUGUUUCAGGGCCAUGAAACACGGACUCUUGUCUUAAACGGGGUAGCGAAUUAAACGAUUGUUGUUUUCAAGAGGGUCACGGUUUGAAGACCUCUGCAGCACACCUCUGCCUAAACUUGGCUUGAUUGCCCAUGUUCUCCCCGGGGGUACUCCCUUAUAGGGUAUGUGCCGCUCCAAUAAGGGUAUAGUUUUUUCUGCCGUUUUGGUCUGAAAUCGAGUAUAGACUUUGCCUAUUUUGGUCUGAAUUUGGGUAUCGUUUUCAAGGGAAUGCAUGAAAGUAUUUGUCGUUUUAAUUCCAAAUGAAUAUGAUAGAAAGAGUACUAUGUGCGAAUUCAAGGUGAAUUUAAAGAAAUAUCUUGGUUGGCAGUUCUAUUCUAGGUAAUGAUAACAUAAUUUCUGCCUGUGCCAGGUCUGAAAACGGGUAUAAAUUUUAGAGGCCAGGUGGAAAAUGUCAAUUUUGGGGUCUUAAAUAGGGUCAGGAUUCGUAGAACGGGCGGCACACCCCCAGCAAACCACGAAUUCCCAGGAAUACUCUCCCCCGGGAUUUUCUACAUUGAAAGCUGUUGUAAGGCCUAGAGCCAACGGAUCUCUUGAAACGGACAUAACAUGCUGUGUAGGGGAGAUGCCAAACUGAUUACGCCUUUUCUUCAUAGCCAUGCUGUAAUAGCACUAGAACGUUUCAGUAUGUAUUUUUCUUUAUUUCAUCAGAAAGCAACAGGGAUCAUCGCCAUACAUCAUAGAAAUAGGCGCCUCAUCAUAUACAGGGAUGUUUGGUUACUUAACUGCAUUUCAGGAGAUGAUAGAACAGGUACCAAUAUUAAUUCUGUAUUAAAGUAGGGUACAUGUUCUUUAGUGCACGUGUUCACUGCAUGUUGUUCUAAAUGAGAACGAGGAUGCUCUUAAGUCACGUAUGGAAGAAUGUAGGCAGUUAUUUGACGACAACACUUUGCCGCCAUUCUCUUGUAAUAGACCUUUUUAGAUUGUUUAGUUUGUUCUCCCAUUUCAGGCCACGUAUGGUACCCCAGAGAACUGUUUGUUUCAAAUGUCGUCCGAUACAUGUGCAUCCACGUGCAUAUGUAUGUUAUUCACUGCUUUCUCAUAGGCUAUAAUGCACCUUGUUCACCCCUCUGCCCCCCUCAAAAAAAAAAAAAAUCUGCGUAACCAUUGUUUCCAAUUCCUCUUGGGUAUUACAGUCGUCCCAAGAGAAAUCGAAAACAACGGUUAUGUAAAAUUUGGGGGGCUAAACAGGGUGAAUUACGGUCUAUGUGAAAUAGUGAAUUGUAUAGUUUAUUGUAGUGUUAUGUUAAAUUAUGGUAAAUAAUUAAAAGAAAAUAUGUAUUCAUAAUUUAUGAAAAGACAAAAGGCAAAUUCUCCGGAGAACAUCAUGCCACGUGCUCUGAAUUGUGAAAACAAAACGUAAAAACCCUAAAAAAGGUCUAUUAACACUUUACGUCAUAAUCUUUUCCUUUCUUGUUUCGUUCAAAAACGAUGAUAUCGGCAUUAAAACAAUGAAACGCCAAAGACACCAAACUUCAUACAGGAAGAAAAUAUGUAUCUAUGACAACUCUAUGAUACGGAAAGCUCAGCCUGCAACGAGAAUGGUUGGCUUUUUUGCAUUAGUGUGUGUAUUGACAACAUAACUAAUUGUGCUGACUCUGCGAUCAUUGGCAAACGUUUACACUCAGUUUACUAAGGAUGUUUUGGAUUUAUAUUUAGAAUGUUUUGGAAGAUUAUGACGACAUAGUGGUGACAGCUGGUACAGGAGGAACGGCAGCAGACAUUGCUAUUGCUAAUUACUUAACUGGAUCCAAACUCAAGUAAGGCUUCUGACGUCAUAACAGCUAUUAGAGAGCUUAAGCAACGACGACGGCGACGGCAACGAGAGCGGCAGUAAAGCAAAACAGCAACUUAUUUUCACGUGCGUGACGCUUUUUUUUGUACAUUCUCUUUGCCGUCGUUGGACGACUACAACGUGAAAGUGCCUAAAUUCACGUUUUGUCGAGGAUGGGAACACAAGUUGAAGACAACAACUUUUUUUUCUUUUCCUGAACUUUGAUACAGGCCUUUAGAAUUUAACUCCUGCAAAAACAUUUGCCAACACUUGACGAAGUAAACGAGAUGGAAUAAGCGCGAUAAAGUUUGAAGCAGCGCGAAUUUACUUUUUAUGUGACAUUUUCGUAGCCGUCGCCACUGUUGUUGCUUAAGCUCCCUAUUACCCAAUAGUAGGAGGAGGCAGGGUGGCUGAGUGGUUAGGGUGCUAGCUGGAUCUUUUCACGGUAGUCCCGAGUUAAAACUCUCGGCGACGCUUGUAAAUGGUUUGCCAGUAAAUGUGUUACCACCAUGAAGUCAGUUUUUGUUUCAGUAUGUCUGCUGUGCAUCAUAACAGGAUAAUAAUAUGAAACACUUCAUUGAUUUCCCCUACCUAUUCAUCAGAAAAUUUAAACUCCCGGGGGGUUACAUAGCAACAUUUUAUACGGAGGGGUUCCGCACCGCGAUCCAACCCUUAACCCUUUUAUAUACCAUUUUGGCAGAACAAGGUACACCUUUCGUAUACGUUAAACUUCCAUUGAAAAAUGUUGCCUCUUCCACAUGCUUACUGUCAGUAAAUCUUCUCGUCAUUUUAUGUGGCAUUUAAAAAAUUAAACUGAUACAACCGAUAAGGUGUGUCGGCUCGAAAUAUUUCAGUUUAGAGUCCUUUUAAAUACUUAAAUUACAAAUUUCCUUACCCUUUCAUAUACCUCAACUCAAGAAACCCUACCGUUUUCUAUACCCAACGCCAGAAAAAUGUAUUCCUUCGAGCAGAGCCUUCUCGCAAAGGCCAUCUAGAGAGUAUCGCCCCCGGACUUUAAAAACACUGCGGUGGGCAAAGGGUCUACACUGAAAACGCGUAUUUGAACAACCCGCGUCAAUUGAGGCAGCUUCCUUUCUCUUGUUUUUCUUUUCUCGAAUGGUUUUGCAGUGGGCAUUGCAGAAGAGCUUUGUUGUACAUGUAGUGCAUGAACUUGAAGCUGCAAUAUACCUUGCCUUGUACGGUGUCUGGUGAACCUUUGGUAUCCAUUAUAUUUGUGGUAACGCUAGAACGGCUUGCCAGUAACUAGUACUGUGUUCCGUUGUGAGGGCUCCUCUCGCUCAAAUGUUCCACAGUUGGCUGUUAUAGGAUUUAAUGGAGCCGAGACCAAUUGUGGAAUCGCACGCAUUUUAGGCAUUCUACUGAUGAACAGAUAUUUUGAGCAACAAACAAUUUCCCGUCUGUCAUCUUUUAAUUGAAGCUAUCAAAUUUGUAAUGCUAAUUGUCUGUACUCUUAUAAAGACGAUUUGCGCGGAACCUUAAAACGAACUUGUUUACUCAUUUCAUCUUCUAGAUGCCAUGCUGUUAAUGUAGCCGACAAUGCAGUGUACUAUUACGAUAUCAUAAAUAAAGACCUCCGAGCUGUGGGGAUUGAUGUUCAAGCAGAGGAGAUUAUCGAUGUCAUUGAUGGAUACAAAGGAAAGGGAUAUGCUGUAUCAACUCAACAUGAACUAGGUGGGUACCAACAACUGGUGAAGUUGGUGAUCGAAUUAAAGAAACGUUUAUCCAUAGGCGGAAAUCCGCUAGAGCCCUCUUUUAUUUAGCAGGGUCAAAUCUUUGCCUUGCUUUUCACGCGACUUUCCCUCCGAUGAAACGUCCGUUCGGCCGCUGCAUGUAAGCAAAUGUGAAAUAUCGCACUUCUCAAGAAAAUUAAGGUAUGGGUCUUCUAUUUAAUUCCUCACAAACAGGGGAGGAGGUGGGUGGUCUAAUCUCUUACGUAUGUAUAAGUUUAAUAACUUUGCAUGAUGAUUGGAGUCACUAAUCGUCACGUGACCUAUUAAGACUAUUUUAAGCACACAAAUCUAUUUGGCAACAUGGAAUCAGUUUUAAUUACUUUCUGGAAGUCACAGUUAUCGUCAUAGUUAUGAGACUAGUCGGUACAUCAUUUCUGUGUCCAGGCCUUUUGAGUUAAUCUUUUAUACAGGGACGAAAUUCGAAAAUCGUUUGAUAAGGGGACUGGGUUCUAGUACAAAAUUCCGUUUUUUUUUUUAAACACUUUCAAUAAAUUAUCUAACAAAGCCUGGGAACAGAUGUCUAGUCGUUCCUCUAGGGACAUGUUUGGUUGCAAUUUCUUUUAUUGACUGCUUUUAUAAACUGGUGCCAUUUUUAAUUUAAGUUUUUUACGCGCAAAAUGGCUGUUUAAGGUCACGUGACCUAAUUUACUUUUUUUUUUUUUUUCACGGAAUCGCAUAAACUUUUGAGAGUCAUUAUUUUACUCACUUUUUGUCGCUAUAGGCCGUAAUCCUCAACAUAUAGACCACCCCUCACCUGUUUGAAGGAAAUUGAAACAAUGGGCAUAUAUGCCCUUCGUUCUUUUAUAAAUGACGUACAAAAUAAUUCAUAUCAGAGUCCGGAUUGUCCGCUGUCAGAAAUGGGUCACCUGAUGACCUAAGUCCGUGUUUUUGUGAUCUUGUUGUUUACGUCUCCCGUAAACGGUUAUAUUAGGUAGUUAAGCGUAGUAGUCGCGCAAUGAUGGUAAAGAAAUGUUCUAAAAAGUUAGAUCCAUCUGCGGAGUUUGUUUUGCUUUGACGUUCUUUCCUUCUUGAAAAACGUUGAAAUAACAAGGUGAAUGGUAAUGUUUGUGCUUAGCUGUAGAGCGUUUUCGCUUGAUGCCUGGGACACGAACAUGUUACAAUAGUCUUUACUAGUUGUUGAAUUUAGCUUCAUUGGAUGAUCUUAUAACAGUAUAUUGGUGUACCAAACCAAUUCUGUGGGAGUUGAACCUUUUUCUUACGUAAAAACUUUCUUGCGUUCCUAUAAUUUUGCAUACCACCUGGCCACGUGAUGAGUGAAAACGCUCUUUAUCAUUAUUAGAAAAAAAUAUCAGGAAAUUAAGACAAGUAAAAUGGCAAAUAAUGGACGUAACUCAAAGUGUUCUUAACGUAACCUGAAUUGUAGUUUUUUUCUAUAAUUUAUUAGUUUGUUUUAUAAUUAUAACGUUUAAUAAAACUUCAGAAAACAUUAUUGAGAUCUCAAGAACAACUGGAGUAUUGGUGGACCCAGUGUACAAUAUAAAGGCAAUUAGAGGAAUGUUAACAGAGAUGAAGAAUAAUCCUGGAAGAUUCAAAGGAAAAAGAAUACUCUACGUCCAUACAGGUACAAGAUUGAAAUACGCCAGUGACAUUGUAACCUAGCGCGCUUUACAAAAGGCCAGCUAAAUAUAAGGUUUGCCAGUUACUCGCAAUUAACCGUUAGCAACGAAACUGAUUUUAGUUGUCCUAGUCACAGAUUUAUGACGCCAUCAAAUGUUUUCCAAGAAUAAAAAUUUACAACCUCAUCCCGAGGGUCCUGUCCUAACUGUCCCUACGGAGCGAGAGAGUGAGAACCUGGAAACGAGGUUGUAGAAUUCAAAGAUACAAACAGCAGAGACACUGAGCAGAGAUAAACUUUGAAAACUGGCAAGCUGAACAGUUUCUCGACGACACCCGUUCGAAAUUUAGAAAAUUAAAGUGCCUGUGGCAUGUCAAUUUUAUUUAACUAGUAAGCUGUGUUUGUUCUUGUAUUGUUUUGUAAUCUUUAUUACACCUAAAAUGCAUUUGUGGUGGUUAAAUAGGCUGAUUUUUAAAAAUGUUUUAUUUACUGAAGGAAAGUUGCAAGUGUUUUUUUUUUAAUCACUGUAAGCGAUAUCUACAGUCCGGUUCUCUAUUAAAGAGAACAGUUUGCUAAUGUAUUGUGUAUUUGUCAUUACGGCCCUCAGGUCAUGUAAUUUGACCCUGCCCCGGUAAUUCGGCCACCUCAUUAAUACAGCCAAGUUUUUUUGACCCAUUGGUGACCGUAUUAAAGGGGAUUCCACUGCAUCUUUUGUAUUUUGCUGUGCUAUUCAAAAGUUCAUUCACUGUUUAUGCGUCAUUCUAUUUUAUUGUUAACGUAAAGGUUUUAUUUUUUAGGUGGGGUAUUUGAUUUGUAUGACGGUAAAAUCGCUUCUCUGAUGAGAAGCUUACAGUCCACAGAAAAAACAAAGCAGGUUUUGUAUUGGGGAGACAUCAGUGAUCCUUUGCCAUGCUGA